AUGAGCAGCAGCAGCAGCAGCAACGACGACGCUGAAGAGCAGCAGCAGCAGCAGCAGCAGCAGCAGCAGCAGCUGGAGUCAGUGAGGCCAGCGGCUGCGGGUGAAAGCCCGUCGCAGGGCGCCCACAGCAGCAGCACAGCAGCAGCAGCAGCAGCAGCAGCAGCAAGUGCUGCUUCGGAAGCAGCAGUAGCCGUGUCUGCUGCUGAGGUGGCUGCGUCUGUUGCCGCAGCCGCAGCAGUUUCUGCGGCAGCAGCAACGGAGAGCAGCAGCGCUGCAGCAGCAGCAGCAGACUGCGACGGGGGGCAGGAAGAUGCAGCAGCAGCAGCAGCAGCAGAUGACGCUGCUGCUGCUGACGCUGCUGCUGAGGAGGACCUUUUUACCCCUGAAGUGGGGCCUGACGAGCUGCUGCUGACGCCGGAAGCAGCAACAGAACCUGCAGCAGCAGCAGCAGCAGCAGCAGCAGCAGGCGGGGGCGGCAGCGAGGCUGCGGGAGGCGGCGACGCAGCAGCAGAGGAGCAGCAGCAGCAGGGGGGUGCUGCUGCUGCUGCUGCUGGGGAUGUGGUGUACGGCCCGUACUUGCCUGCGUCUGCUGCAGCAGCAGCAGACGGAGCAGCAGCAGCAGCAGCAGAAGCAGCAGCAGCAGCAGGAAGCGGGCUGGGGGCGGACUGCGGGCUGGAGGGCUCGCUGGAAGCGGGGCCCGGGCCCGCGCUGCUGCAGCAGCAGCAGCUGCAGCAGCUGCUGCAGCAGCACGACGAAUACGAGGAAGAGCAGCAGCAGCAGCACAACAAAGUCUGGUCUUCUUUGGUUUAUGGCUGCCGCUCUGUCAGCUCUUUUAAAAAGUUAAACAAAAUCAGCGAAGGCACUUACGGCGCAGUCUUCAGGGCCCUGGACCUCGCCACCCACGAAAUCGUGGUCCGCGAGGGUUUAGGGUUUAGGGUUUAG